AUGGCUAUUGACGGAGAUGGACAUGGCGAUAUCAGCUCAGCCAAGCUGCCGCUCCCUUCCAGUGUAGCAACGGCCAUGGAUGCAAACGAUGGAGUGGCCAAGACGCUGACUGCUGAGCCAACGACGCAGAGCGGCAUCGCCAGCCCAGCCGACCUCGAGCAGCUAUGGACGUGGAAUCAACAUGUACCUCCGUAUAUACAACGCUGUAUGCACGACAUCAUAUCGGAACGAGUCCAGCAGCAACCGCAUAAAAUUGCCGUUGAAUCUUGGGAUGGAAGCUUGACGUAUCAAGAGCUGGACAGCCUCUCAUCACAGCUCGCCAGGCAGAUCCUGCAGAAGAAUGCGGGAUCAGGUAGCAGAAUCCCGCUAUGCUUCGAAAAAUCCAUGUGGACCGUCGUUGCGGUCCUGGCUGUCAUGAAAGCCGGUGCAACAUUCUCGUUGACUGAUCCCAGCCAACCAGUGGCACGACUCCAGACAAUCGUCGAGCAGACAGGGGCAGACCUCAUCAUUACCUCGGUGGCCCAGAGCGAGCUUGGCAAAGAAAUCUCCAGGCCAGGAGGACAAGUCCUCGCGAUAUCUCGAGACUUUUUCGAUGGCAUCAAGGAGCCAGACACGGAAACGGCGUUGCCUCAAGUGCCUGCAGAAACGCCAAUGUACAUCAUCUUCACCUCUGGAAGCACAGGGAAGCCAAAGGGCGUCGUCAUUACCCAUGCCAACUACACCAGUGGCGCGAUUCCCAGAGCAGAUGCCGUUGGCUACAAAGACACCUCUCGGUGCUUCGAUUUCCCCUCGUACGCUUUCGACGUGAGCAUCGACUGCAUGCUGUGCACGCUGGCCACUGGAGGACAAAUCUGCGUGCCGUCGGAGGAAGCCAGGAUGAACGACCUCAGCGGCGCCAUUCGACAGAGCAAGGCCAACAUGGUCCACAUGACGCCUUCUGUGGCCAGAGUCUUGGAUCCUGACAUUAUCCCUUCUCUGGAUGUUCUGGGGCUUGGCGGCGAGGCGGUUUCUGCGAGCGAUGCAGCCGCUUGGAGCCAGCACACCAGUUUAAUCAUUGCAUACGGCCCGUCCGAAUGUACCGUGGGCUGUACCAUCAACAACCAGGUGACUGUCUCGACGGGUAUCGGUAAAGGCGUUGGAGGUGUGACCUGGAUCGUCGAUCCCGAUGACCACAAUGUCCUCAUGCCAGUCGGCGCCGUUGGAGAGCUCAUCGUAGAAGGUCCGGUGGUCGGUGUCGGCUACCUCGAUGAGCCUGAAAAGACAGCAGAGGUCUUCAUCGAGAAUCCGUCUUGGUUGGUUGCCGGCUACAAUGGCUUCCCCGGGCGAACUGGCAGGUUGUACAAGACCGGAGAUCUGGUUCGAUAUGAGAGCAACGGUUCCGGCUCCAUCGAGUUUGUUGGCAGAAAGGAUCAACAGGUGAAGCUUCGAGGCCAAAGAGUCGAGCUCACGGAAGUCGAGCACCACCUACGGGCCUGUCUGCCCAGCGGCAUCAAGGUCGCAGCAGAAGUCAUCAAGCCAGAGAAUGGAGGUGCCCCUUCUCUGGUGGCGUUCCUUUCAGAGUCUGCCUCUUCAGGCGUCAUUGGGGUAGAUCCGGCCAUCGUUGAACCGUCACCGGAGCUGAAAACUGCCCUGGCAACUGUCAAUGCGGCCAUGGGAUCCAGAGUGCCCCGGUAUAUGGUCCCGGCAGCGUUCGUGACCCUUCAGCACAUGCCUUCGUUGGUGUCCGGGAAGACGGACCGGAAGAAACUGCGGGAGAUUGGGUCUGCGAUUCCACGAGAGGUUUUCAGCCGAAUGCAAGCACCCGACGCCCAGGAAGAGGAGGAGCCGGAAACCGAAACGGAGAAGUUGUUGCAGCAAGCAUGGGUCAAGGUCCUCGGCUCCGAUGCAAACAUCUACAGGCAGAGCAACUUCUUCGCUCUAGGGGGUGAUUCUCUGCGUGCCAUGAGGCUCGUAGUCACCGCCCGCGAGAGUGGCAUUGCCUUGACUGUUGCUGAUAUCUUUACGAAUCCGACUCUCAGCCACAUGGCCUCAAAAGCCGCUCUAGUCUCGGAAUCUUCUGUCGAUGAGGUUCCCCCCUUUUCACUUCUGGAAAAGGACUGGGACGAGGAAACUGCGCGAAACGAGAUUUCCGCUCUCUGCGGCGUUGAAGCCAGCGCCGUUGAGGAUGCUUAUGCAUGCACUCCCCUUCAAGAGGCCCUCAUGGCCCUGUCGGCCAAAGUCAAGGAAGCAUAUGUCGCCCAGAGAGUCGUCUGGCUGAAAGACAUGGCCACAGCUGAGAAGCUCAUCGCCGCCUUCGACGCCGUCCAACAAGACAGCCCCAUACUGCGCACGAGAAUCGUGCAGAUACCCGGACGGGGCCUUGUUCAGGCAGUCAUCAAGGAGAGAUUGCACAGGGUCCUUGGCACCAACCUCAAUGAGUAUCUAGUGAAUGACAGGAAUGACCCAAUGGAAUUGGGCAAACCUCUUGUUCGCUACGCUGUUAUUGAUGAUAGCACAACCGGAAAGGUCAGCUUUGUGUUUACCAUCCAUCACGCGUUAUACGACGGCUGGUCCAUGCCCUUGAUCGUGGAUCGAGUAAACAAAGCCUAUACCGGCCAGACCUUGUCACGGCCCGCUGAGUUCAAACACUUCAUCAAGUAUCUGUUGACCAUGGAGACGGCUAAAUCCGCCAACUAUUGGCGAGAGCAGCUUUCCGGAGCCAAUGCCUUCCAGUUCCCACCUCUACCUUGGCUGGGCUAUCAACCGCAGUCUGAUUCAUUGUUAGAGGAAUACGUUCCCCUCCCAGACGGCAGAGCCUCCAGUGCGACCACUGCAACGGUCAUCAGAGCAGCCUGGGCUCUCGUAGCUUCGCAGUACAUCAACAGUACCGAUGUCAUCUUCGGAGAGACGUUGACUGGCCGCAAUGCACCUGUUGUCGGCGCCGAGGAGAUUGAGGGUCCCAUGAUCACGACCGUUCCUGUGCGGGUGCAGAUUGACAGAAAUAUGCGCGUUUCCGACUUUCUGCAAGCCAUCCAAGAGCAAACUGUGGAACAGAUUCCGCACGAGCAUUUCGGCUUGCAACAUAUACGGAGACUCAGCCCCGAUGCUUAUGAGGCAUGCGAGUUGAAGACCGGCCUGGUAUUGCAUCCAAGCGCCGAGGAUGACGCAUCUCCUGAGUCGGAUGAUCUGCCUGCGAGUCGUCUUGUGCCGGCGGGAGAUGCAGAGGCUGCUCAAGAGGCUCUCAAGUUCAACACUUAUCCGCUCAUGCUGGUCUGUUCCAUGGAUCCGCGAGGGUUCCUUACCAUGGCCAGUUUCGAUUCCAAGACCGUUUCCGUUCCUGCAAUGCAGAGGGCCUUGAACAAGUUUAGAGAGAUUGCACAAUUCUUGUGCAAAGAAGGCUCCUCCACACUCGGCAGCCUUCAGUCGUCGUUGCUUGAUGAGGAUGUUGGCGAGCUUCGGGAUGCAAUGCUCAAGGCAGACAUCACUGAUGCAAGCAAGGCGUUCCCUGGCAUCCAAGCAGCCUAUGUCGCUGAUGCAGCAGAUCCAAACCGACUUGUGCCGCUCUCAGCGGUCGGUGAACUGAUUGUACAAUGCCCGGGAGAAUUGCAGAGCUUGACGGAGAUCUCUCCGCCAAGUUGGCUCGAGGCAGUAUCCAGCUCGCCAGCCCUUGCACAAGGAAGCCUGACAACUGCACAAACGGCACCAGCCGGGGUGGCCAAGAGCAGGAUAUCAGCAACAUCCAGCAGGCAGCGCAAGCUACGCAGUCUUUGGGCCCGCGUGCUGCGUCUGAGCGAGGAGGACAUUGGCCUGAACGAUGGGUUCUUCGUCAUAGGAGGUGACUCCAUUGCAGCCAUGAAGCUCGUAUCAGAAGCUCGGCUCGAGGGCAUCAAACUGAGCGUGGUCCAGAUCUUCCAGAAGAGGACGUUGUACGAAAUGGCCAGCGUCAUGGAGGAAGUCGAGAAGCCUGCAUCAUCCGCAGACGUAGCCAGCACGAGAGAAAAGACGCUGAAGCCCUUCUCCCUGCUAAGCCAACAAGAUGAAGACGGCAAGCUCCGCUUCGUCAACGACAUCAUCGCGCCUCAGUUGGCCGACCCGUCCUGGCGCAUCAGCAACGUGCUCCCUACGCGUCCCCUGCAGCAGAUUGCCGUCAGGGGCACGACUCAGCUCCCACGCUUCUCGGCGCGGUAUGAGCUCAUGUACUUCGACAAGGCCAUCAAUCGCGACAAGAUGAUUGCGAGUUGCAAUCAACUCGUCGCCCGCAACGAGAUACUCCGCACCGUCUUCACAGAGCACAACGACGAGGGCUACGCCGUUGUCCUGGAACAACUCGUCCCGCAAUUCGUCGAAUACGCAGUCGACGGCGAUGUCGAGACUUUCGCCCAUCAACUCUGCCGUCUGGAUGCGAUGACGAAAAUGCCCCUUGGCUCAAGCUUCGUGAAAUGGUUCCUCGUCGAGUCGAGCACCGGGCAAUCAUGCCUCAUCUUCCGACUAUCCCACGCCCAGUACGACGAGAUAUGCCUGCCCAUCAUCCUACAGCAGCUCUCAGGCCUCUACCAAGACGAACCAGUCCAGGAAACGGUCCCCUUCUCCGCCUACGUCCACCACGUCCUGAGCAAGAACGUCCCCGAAAGCAUCCCGUACUGGACAGACCUCCUCCAGGGCUCGUCCCUGACCGUGCUGAAGCCCGACAUCCCCGUGCAGCAGAGGAACCACUUCGCGAUCCAGAAGACGGUGGACAUCUCCUCGCGCCUCCGCGACAUCACCGUGGCGUCCCUGCCGACCGCCGCCUGGGCCCUGUGCCUCGCCCGCCGCCUCUCCCUCCGCGACGUCGUCUUCGGCGAGGUCGUCAGCGGCCGCAACAUCGACUUCCCCCACGGCCCGGCCAACGCCAUCACGGGCCCCUGCUGGCAGUACAUCCCCGUCCGCGUGCGCUUCCCCCGCGGGUGCACCCCGCUCGAGGUCCUCUCCGCCGUGCAGCACCAGCACAUUGCCAGCUCCGCCCACGAGGGCAUCAGCCUCGGCGAGAUCGCCUCCCUCUGCGGCACCACCUGGCUCGACAACGGCAUCAAGGCCUCGGACCUGUGGUUCGACUCCGUCGUCCACCAGGACGUCGAGCACGUCGAGAACCUCGCCUUCGCCGCCGCCGGGAGCGGCCGCCUGGAGACGGUCUACCCGCACGAGGAGCCGCUGCGCGAGUGGAAGAUCCAGGCCUUUGUCCACGACGGCAGCAGCAAGCUGACGCUGGAGAUUGUCACGUUUGAGAGCUGGGGAGGGUUUGCCAGGGGUCUGCUGGACGACUUGGUGGACGCCGUGGAGACUCUGCUCAAGGAUCCUCAUGCCAAGUUGUUCAACGACGACCUCGAGGGUUGA